AUGGGUUACUUAUUAGGAAAUGAGAUUUUUCGACAUGAAAGAUCAAAACAGUUAUUAAGUAUUACAAACCGAUUAGGACACACACCAAGUUACAGUACCAUUAUGCGACUUCAGCAUGAUGCAGCACAAAAUGUUAGAAAAACGAAUGAUCCACUUGUCGUUCUACAACAAAAGGAAAAAUCUUCUACAUAUUCUCAAAAUUUUAUCUUUAAAGUAGCUGACAAUUUCGAUAUAAAUCCCGAUACUUUAUAUGGUAACAACAGUAUUCAUAUUCUUAAUCAAAUUAUUGUCACAACAUCAGAAAAUGAUGAAAUUUCAAUUAAAGUACGAGACAUCGUUGAUGAUUUAUUAAAUGAAACAUCAAACUCACAUGAUCCUCCUUCGUUUGUUUCUACUUCACAGUCUACUAUGACAACUUCAGCUACUGACUCUUCUUUCUCGUACAAAAUGUUUACUGAUGAUUCGUUAUUUCUGCCGCUCUUGGCUUAUGGUAUAACAAAAUAUGCAAAUGAUAGUAGUCAGUCAUCAAAUCGUUUUCUAUUAUCUGUUUCACCUGUACGAGUACCUCUUAUGGCAGGAUUUUUUGCGACUUAUUUAGGUUCAGAACAACGGCCUCUCCAUACUGUAUCUUACUUAACACCUAUUAAUGAAGAUCCAAAUUCUGAAUUAACAGCUGAAAAAUGUCUUGAUGAAACGAAGAAAUUAUGUGUUGAUACAAAAUAUCAAAAAGAAGGUGUAUUGGUUGUCGAUGAAAAGAUUUAUCGAUCAUGUUUAAAGGUAAAACGUCGUAACCCAGAUCUUUUCCGAAACAUUUUUGUAUAUGCUGGUGAUUUUCAUCUGAUGAAAAACAUGAUGGUAGUUAUCUGGAGCAUCCGUAAAGGUUCUGGCAUUGAAGAUGUACUUGAACUUAUAUACAAAGGAGCUACUUUACGUGCAAUAUUUGAAGUUCACUAUUUCAAUAAAAGUCUACGAUGUUGCAAAUUAUUUUAUACUGCUUUACAUAUACUUUGUCUUGAAGCAUUCUUUUCAACUACAAGUUCAACUUCUUCUACAGCGAGUAGCGUAAAAAAAUUGAAAGAUAUUAUAGACAACAUACCAUCCGAGUUUAUGAAAGAUAGUAUUGCGCAAGAGUGGUUUCAACGAUUACUCGACAAUAUUCGUCAGACUGAUAUUGCAAAUGCUCUUCGAAAGUGGACAACUGAAUCUGCGGCUGAAAAUAGUACAUUUCCACUUUGGUUUUUCAUUCUUCACCAUUUAUUAGAACCUUUAUUUGAGUUAUACAUAUCUAUUAGAUCUUGUAAUUUUUCAGCAAGAAAUGCUGCUCUUAAUCGAUUUGUGCCGAUAUUCUUUUCUACUAACCAUCGCAAUUACAGCCGACUAUGCGCUCAACAUUUGUUAGAUUUACAAACCGCUUCUUCCUAUCUUUUUGAACGUAUAUCGCGUGCCUUCGCUGUCACUCGUUCUCGUAGAAAAUUUUCAAGUAUUGCUCUUGAUCAAAUGAUUGAAUGCACGAUAAACAAACAUGGUAAAGGAAAAGGCGGAAUUACUGGUCGACUAAAUGAAGAAGCAAUACAAAACUGGACAGAUUCAUUUGCAUUUCGUGCUCUUGCUUCGUCUACUUUACAUGAAACAUGUGGCAUUGAAACAGAUACUAAUUCUAUCGAUUCUCAUGUGGAAUGUUCGCCGAAUAGGAAAGCAUUAGAUGAUGGAGAUUUAUCAAUGAUUAUCAAGAAAUGCCGUCUUGUUUUUCAUGAUGAUAUUAUUAUGAACAUUACUUCAUUCUAUGAACGUGGUCAUGAUGUAUUUAUUACAUUUAUAAAUGAACGACUUAUUACUAAAACAAUUCCUGUAGAUGCACCACUCAAAGCGAUGCCAUUGUUAAAACUUAUAAAUGCCGAAAACUAUGUACCUGACAAACCAUAUUCGUCAAGAACAACAUCUUCAUCUUCACAAAAAUAUCAAGACUUAAAUACUUUAGUGAAAAUGGCUGAUGAUCAGAUUUAUCAAACAAUAAUUAUUGCUCAACAAAGAAAUCUUAAACCACUUGCAGAUUUAUUUGCGCAUUGUGAUACUCACAACAUUAAUCUUAAACCACUUGCAGAUUUAUUUGCGCAUUGUGAUACUCACAACAUUAAUCUGUUAAAUCAACAAGCAAAAUCUAAUAUUAUCGAUGUAUUAUCCAAAAUAUAUCCAUCAUCAUUUUACUCUUCAUGUCCCGUCACAACACAAGAAAGUGCGAUCGAUCGUAUUGAUAUUGUAUUCGAUUCUGCAGAAAGCAAGAAGAUUAAAAUGUUUACUAAACGACAUGAGAAUUAUAUAGAAAAAUGUAGUUAUCAUUUAAAUGGCAAUGACAAACUUGAAUCUCCAUUUUCAAAAUUUGUUCAUUCAAAUCUUGCAGCUCUUGCUGCUUGUGUUAAAGAUUGUUGGAUGGAACCAGAAUUAAUUGGACGUUUACCUAAAAAUCGACUUCUUCUGGUUAGCGGUUCCGAUCAAUCAGCGAUUCAAUUACAGAAUGGACACGUACCAAUACCAGACUACAUUCUUGAAUCAACGCAAAUCGAAGCUGAUACGCGUAUAAUUUUACACACUAAUGCAAUUAGUAUCGAUGAACAGCAGAAAACAGUGUUUGUUCAAGCAUCUGAUAUUGAUGUUGUGUUAUUAUCCAUUGAAUUUAGUUCGUCUAUUAUUCUUGAUCAGUUAAUACUUCUAUUCUUCAAUAUGAAUACAAAGAAAACUACUUAUAUUGAUGUUAAAUCUAUUGGAAAUGAUCUUCGUCGUCAGUUCAUCGAUCCUCAUUUACUACUUGUCCUACAUGCUUUAUCUGGCUGUGAUACUACUUCGUUUAUUCGUAACAUUACCAAAGAAAAUCUUUUUCAACGAUUUUUUGAAUGUCCUACUCUUUAUUCACCAAUCAUUAAUCUACUUUCUGUACCACCAUCUCAAGAAGCAAUCGAAGCAGCUGAGAAACUUCUUAUCAAUUGUUAUUCGUUCAACUCCGCAGCAAAAUCACUUAAUGAUCUUCGUGGAAUGAUGGCUUCUGUACGAAUAAAAGAUCGAUCUAGAAAAAACGUUUCCAUAUGGCAUGAUGCACUUGAACCAAACAGCUUACCGCCUUCAAUGGAACAUAUGGGUUACGAAUAUUCUCUUGAUACUAAUCGUUUUAGAAUUAAAUGGUCCAUAUUAAGUGAAUAUCCAGAUGAUCAUCGUCUCGAAACAUGUGGUCAAUGUAAAGGAAAUUGUACACGUUGCAAGUGCUAUAAAAACGGUUUACCAUGUACAUUCUUUUGCAAAUGCAAUCAAGAGACUUGUUCAAAUCAAAAUGCAAAUAAUUUUUCAUUUAAUAAUUCAAGUCAUCAACAAAUCAGUAAGCUUGAAUUAUCAACGAUAUUCAGUCAAAAUGAUAAUGAAUAUGAUAAAUUAUCGAUUGCAUCGGUAUUAAGUAAUGUUAACAAUCAGAGUAUUGCUGCAUCUGGUUUCAAUGGAACAUUCGAUCAAUCAUAUGAAGAUGUUAAAGGGGAUUGUUCUGCUGUUAAUCCAUCUACUGUGACCAACUCUACUGCAUUUUCACAUAUUAAACAUGAUCAUACAUAUUGCUUAGAUAAAGAUUUAGAAAUGGUGGUGCCGAAACGACGAAGACUAUCAUCUACAUCCUCGAAUUUCACUUCUAAUCAACUAUUAUUUCGAUCACCGUGCGCUACUUCUUCUCCUGUGCAUCCUCGAACAACGAAUAUUCAAACACAAUCAAUCUUUAAAACACCCUUACCAAUAACAUCAACACCACGUCGUGCGGCUCGUUUUCGAAAAUGUUAUGGCAAACCAAAAGCUCACAGUCAGCCGACUACACACUGA